UAGUCCGCUUCUAGUAAUUUCUACGGCGAGUGCGCAAGCUCCUUGCAUUUCAAAACGAGUUUUCGAGAAAAACCAGGGUCCUAAAACCAAGCACACCGGCGCUCAGUAGCUAGCAAAUAACAUUUGCUACUGUAGCUAAACCAUUAACUAGACACCGCUGUCAUCAUGGCGAAAUGGGGAGAAGGGGAUCCACGCUGGAUCGUGGAGGAGAGAGCCGAUGCAACAAACGUCAAUAACUGGCAUUGGACUGAACGAGAUGUGACCGGCUGGUCAACAGACAAGCUGAAGGAGCUUCUAUUGGGGCUGCGCGUGGAGGGCCCAGAGGGGAGCUGCGAGGUCACCGACAUCCCCAAUCUGGACGGUGAGGCAUCCAUCAACAACCGCAAGGGGAAGCUCAUCUACUUCUACGAGUGGAACGUCAAGGCGACGUGGACUGGAACAUCAAAAACCGGAAUCAAGUACAAAGGGAACAUCGAAGUUCCCAACCUCUCUGAUGAAAAUGACAUGGACGACCUAGAUAUCAGUGUGUCACUUUGCAAAGAUGAACCCAACACAACCCUCACCGAACUCAUGAAGAAGGAGGGAGCGAAGAAAGUGCGCGCUGCCCUGGGGAGCUAUGUGGACCACCUCAAAUCCGAGUUCACUCAGGGCAUGAUCCUCCCAACGGCGAAUGGAGUGGCGAGCAAGCCACAGCCAACGCAGACAAAGGUCAAAGUGGACAAAACCCAGAUUGGCUCCUCCGUAUCAGCCCCCUCUCCUAGCACAGGGGUCAAGAUCCCCACCUGCAAGUUUAGUCUCAAGGAGACCUUCCUCACCUCACCUGACGAGCUGUACAGAACCUUCAUCAACCAGGACAUGGUCCAGGCGUUCACCCAUACUGCAGCAGUGGUCGAUGGAGACAAAGGAGGGAAGUUUCAGCUGCUAGAGGGAAGCGUCAACGGAGAGUUUCUGGAGCUGGUCCCAGAUGAAAAGAUAGUUAUGAAAUGGAGGUUCAAGACCUGGCCAUGUGAGCACUAUGCAACUAUUACCCUGAACAUGAAGGAUCGAGGCAAUGAGACUGAGCUGAAGGUAGAAUUUAAAGGAGUCCCGACGGUAGAGGAGGAUCGGACAAAGGAGGGUUGGAAGAGACACUACUUUGAAGCCAUCAAACAGACUUUUGGAUUCGGGGCCCGACUCUACUGAAUAAUGUAAAAAAAAAAAAAAAAAAAAACUAGAAAAAAAAGAACCUGAUUAUUUAAUGUGGAUGAAUACUCUCUUUAGUGCAGUCUCUUGUAGCACCAGCCCUACAUCGUGCGUAGACAAACGGUGCCUUUUCCACUUGGAAGACUGGCAGUCCGUGUAAGGGUCAUUGGUUCAAGGCUUUCUUUGAUGUCUGUGCUUACUUUACUGAGUCUAUAGGCAAAUUGAGAUGUAGAAACAAUUACUCGAUCUACAGUAUAUUUGGAAUUAACUAUUAGCAUUCUCAAUCUCCAAUUCUGCACAUUUGAAGUGUGUCAUGCUGAAAUAAAUUACAUUUUUACUGAA